UUGGCGACGCUUAUACUGCUGUGCUUUCUCUCGAUCUCUCUCUCUCUCUCUCUCUCCUCUCUCUCUCUCUCUCUCCUCUCUUUCUCUCUCUCUCUCCCUCUCUCCCUCUCUCCCUCUCUCCCUCUCGGUUCCUCUAUCUCUCGAGGGGCCGUACGUUUGUUCGACAUUUUCUCUCCCCUUCUGCUCUUUUCUCUUUCGCUCCACCUAUAGGCCUCUUCAUUUUAUCCUUCUUUUAUUUUAUUGAAAUUUUCCGCUCCACUGUUGUACUCGUUAUACAAUUUCUUUUGAUUUCUCAAUUCCCAUAUAAUCGCGAGUGCAUUCUUGCAUAAUUCUUAAUCUAACCUACGUCAUUCAAUUAACAAGGAUAUCUUUUAUAAUGACUCGAGUGAGCCCAACAGAAAUGGACUUGGCUGAAAAAUAUGUACCUUACAUGUGGCGGAGGUGCGCCUAGGCGAUAAGGAGGAUGUCGAGCAGCGACAAGACGACUCCGGGUCUGACGAUCGAUCGAGCCGCCUUUCUGCUGCUGAGAGUGAAGAAAGCGUUCAGAAAGAAGAAACAGGAGCGCAAAGAUAAGAGCGGGCCCGCGCCGGAAUGCAACAAGCCCGAGAAGAAACCCGCGGUCCGCGGGGCCGGCGGCCGGCCGGCGCCACUGCUGCGCUCGAGGACGCUGCCGGCCAUCGUGGCGCCCGGCCUGAACAUCCUGCAGGUGCAGCUGGACGCCCGCUACCCCCGUAAGCCCCCCGCCGGCCUGCUCGAGCCCGGGGACGACGCGGACGCGCCGGGCCGCGCCAAGCGCGACAGCAGCGUCUCGCACUGCGGCAGGCUCCUCGCGCCGAGGAUAUCCUUCACCGACGACGGCCUGGGGGAGCGUCGGGUCUCGGACACCGGGCCGAGCUGCCCGCGGCAGAGCGCCUUCAGGGAGGCGUCCGCGCGGUCCACGGGCAAGCUGAACAGCUGCGGCUUCGCGGGCUCGCAGCCGCUGACCAAGCUCGCCCGGCUGCUCAACCAGAGGCCCAGCUUCGUGCCGCCCGGCGACGACGUCCCGCGGCGCCUCUCCUGGGAAAGGAGGGAGCGCGCCAGCAGUAGCUCCUGCCUGCCCCGCAGCGGCAGCAUCGACAGCGUGGCCGAGUGGAGCUCGCUGGCGCUCGACGGCGGCGCGGCCCCGCCCCCGGUCGCCGACGUGGCCCUCCUCGGCGCCCGCAGGCUCGGCGAGCAGCCCGCGCAGAAGCGCAGCUCCAGCCCCCUGCUCGGCUCGCGCUCGGACAGGCUGAGCCUCGCGUCGCCCGGCGCAGGGCGCAAGAUCAAGGGCCAACGCACCGUGCUGGAAUCACAGUCGUCACAAGCAAUGGAAUUUUUGGAAGGCCUUGGUAGAAGAAAAGCACUUCAAAGAAAUUUGUAUCAGCAUGGCAAAUUAUCAUCUGUAAACGCUAAUUCCAUUACGAUCCAAUCAUCUUGCGAUAUACAUUUGCAUGUUCUAUUUACAGCUAUUGAACAAGGACAUAUAGAUCGGGUGAAAGGUAUCUUGGAGUCGACCGAGAUCGAAAUUAACAGUUUGAACGCCGAUGGUCUCUCGACGCUAGACGUAGCGGUGCUGAACAACAAUCGACAGUUGACCAAAAUGCUUAUCACCUUUGGAGCGCAAGAAGGGAAUCAAUGUAAGUCAAUCUACCUGCGAUUUGUCGAUCCUACAUCUCAUUGUACUGCCAAUUAUACUGCGAAAAAAAUAGUCAAAUCGCCGGAAGGUCUGAAAAGUCACUUGACUAUGCUGCUGGCGGAGGCCGAGCGACGUCUGCAAGAAGUCGGUGGCCAGGUAACUUGCCCUGGUUUUAGCGGCACGCCCUUGUUAGAGCCGUCUUCGAGUCACUCCCACAGAGGUAGCUUUUCGUCCCAACACGCCAACCUUGCCGGUUGCGGGGGUAGCGCCGAGGAGAAGCAACUCGCGUCGUGGGAGCGGAGAGCGAGAGCGCUCAAGAAGAUGCUCGUGAUUUUGGAGCAAAUGGGUCUUCCAGAUGCGCCGGUGCUCGUGACGGUCGAUGUUACCGGCACCACAAGCGUUACCGUCAAAUUUCACGAAUCGGAUGUCGCCGAGUCCCCGCUGUGCACGAAAUUCAAGCUGGAGUGGAGUCUUACCGAAGAUUUUUCCGAGGUGUGCGGAGAAGAAGUUGUGCUGGACAUGAAACUGAGGCAAUGCCGCGUCGAUAAUCUCGCGCACGGACGUAAAUAUUUUUUCCGGGCUGCGACGGGCAACGCCAAAGGCUACAGUCAAUUCAAGCCGACCACUCCAACUUAUAUCAUUCCAAGCAGUUGGAGGGACGUAGACGGACGCACAGCUCGAUUCGAUGGUCGAUUAGAGCAGCUGGAGCAGUUACUUCGCGACGUGCGAGGCGCAGAGUUCUGCCUGGAAGGCCCGGCUCUGCAGCGGAGAAACCACAAGAAGAAGACGACCAUCAAACAGCUGUUUACCGCGAGCAGCAAAUUUCAGAAGAACUUGCGCCGCGGCGUAUUCCUCAGCUGCAUACUGUACCACGAGGACAGAGUACUGGUGACGAACGAGGAUUUCCUGCCGGUGAUUGAGAUCGAUGAAACGUACCCAAGCCUUAUCCAGCAGGAUUUUCACUGGCUGAUGAAGGUUGCUUGCUCGUGGGACGACGUCAAGUGCCUAAAGCAAGAUAUGGAGAAGAGUCAGGGCAGCUCAACGAACCACUUUCGGAUAAAAAUGUUACAGGCGGCUAGUCAAAUGCAGGCGGCGCUUUGCAUCCAAGACCUCGGCCAGUUCUACCACAAGCCCAUCAGAGACGUGCAAGGAACGCUGGUACUGUCGAGUGUCAAUCACGUGAGGUCCUCCAAGUUGGUGUCGCUACUGAACAGCAAAUGGUUGCCAAUGAGCAAAGUCGGCAAGAAGCUGAGCGUGCACGAGGAAAGCAACGUAGCCGACAUCCUGAUGGCGAGCGUUCAGGAGCAGGUGCGGUAUCACCAGGCGAGCGGGCUCAAACUGAGCAGGGGCCUGUACCUAGGCUAUCUGAAGCUGCAGAGCAGCGUGGACUCGAUACGCGUGGUGGUGCCGGCCAAGUCGCCAAAUGUCCUGCCUCACUGCAAAGUGCGCGACAACCCGCAUGUGUCAGCCGACGAGUGGCAGCACCUACGUCGACUGGGCCGCCGCGAGGCCACGGAGCAGGCCUCGGAGCAGCAGAGCGCAUUUGCGGACGCGCUGGCUGGUGCGGCCAGGCGGCUGUUCGGUUACAUGGACAUGGGCGCGGACGAGCCACUGAGCCACCGCAUCUACUCGGCUGAGGUGGUGGAGCUGAGCGCGGAGGUGUCGCUGCUGGUGAUGGUGCCACCGUCCGAGAGUGCCUGCUCGCCACCAGGCAGCAACCGCGAGCUGCUGCUCAAGCGCACCGAUAUACUCUGCUUGCCCAUUCAAGUCUUCGAGAUGAUCCAUCUGGGCACCUACCAGCGCGAGCUCAGUAGUCGCUACUUUCGGUUGAGCUGUAUCCUGGAGUUGGACACUGCGCGUGCGCAACACAGCCACCGCGAAGCCUUCAGCGCCUCCGAGCUGAGUGUGGCGCGCGAGCGGCUGGACCGAUUGAAGGACGUGCAGGCGCGGGCCAACGCCGCCUGGAAGGCGGCGCGUUGGCUCGUCGACCUCAUUACCUUCGCCCGCGACAAGACAAGCGCCGGUGCGAGUGUACGCUACCUGGCCAGUUCGGAACGCCAGAGCGGCAGUCUGAAACGCAGUCUGCUGCAGCUGCCACCGCGCGAUCCCAAGCUGGUGAAGGCGAGCCCCGGACGCGGCAGCUGGCCCGGACCCACGGCAGGCGCAGAUACAACCGGCGGCACUGGCCUCGGCCUACUGGGCGCCGAGUCGCUAAGCAAAAGCGAGCAACAGCUGCCGUUGGCCGAGUCAGCAGCGGCCUCGCGCCGGGCUAGUGGCACUUCGCAGAAUUCCACGGCCUCGGAAUCGGGUCGAGCCGCCAGCGCAUCGGGCUCCCGGCGUGGUCCAGCCGCUGCCCCUGGCUCCCGGUUGCCACCCUCCCGCUCUGAGGAUGUGCUCGCGCCCGGGAGGGCGCGACACGCUGAGCAUCCGAACGCUUCGGUUUCUGCUGCCAGCAGUCCGCUGCUCGGCCUGCAGCCUGUGGCACGUAGUGCCAGUGGCGCCACCUCCGGUAGCGCGUUGUCUGUGAGCAGUGAUGAGUGGCCGCCGAGCCGGCGGCCCGCGGCCAGCUUGGCUGCGCGGCCCGAGGCGGAAGGUCCACGCGAGGAAGGCGCGCCUCCGCCCGGCAUCCUGCAGGUAUUCGCCGCCUACGAGACGGGCUUGGCCUCGGGCACCAGCCUUAAAUUGCACGUCACACCGCGUACAACAGCGCGUGAGGUAGUCGACCUGGUGGUGCGCCAGCUCAACAUGGCCGUGCUGCUGAAGGGCCUCGAGGGCCCGGUUUACGCGCCCGACGAGCUGGUCAACUUUUGCCUGGUGGCCGUGAUCGGGGCGCGCGAGCGCUGCUUGCGCGACGACUUCAAACCGCUGCAGCUGCAGAACCCCUGGAAGAAGGGCCGGCUGUACGUGCGCCAGAAGCAGGAUGUGUUAGCUGCCCUCGAGCACAGCAGCAAGCACUCGGCCUACCUCUAAUGCUUCGUCAGCGCCAGUCUUCCUGUUGCAGAGAUCACGGCUGCUCGUGCGCCAACGUUGUAUACACGGAUAGUUGCACUAUUUUUCGAAUGUUAGAUACUUUCCUAUGCGUUUACAAAUAUCGAUUAAGUAGCUUAAGUAGACUGUUGCUCGUUUGAUUGAAAGCAAUCGAUUCGCAUACGUCGACGUUGUUUCGGUGUGUAAGGUAUGUUAUCUUACCGGACUAGCUGUGGAUGUUUGAUAGCGCCUUUUUCGCGCUUUUACGGUAGCGACUGCGACCCAAACUACCAAUCACUAUGAUUAUUGUUUUCUAUAUUUAUUUAAAGACAUUAAAGUCUGAACUAAGAUGUUAACGGAGUAGUAGUGUUCAGGAUGUGAGCUAUUCACCAAUGUUGAUAAAAAUCGAGACAACGUUUAUUACGAGGAUAGUAAUUAUUACGUUAACAAGAUCAUUGUAUAGAGUUGAAACUUGGACUUCCAAUUGUAUGAUUCUGUAAAGAUGACAAUGUCGUCAGAGCUUCUCUAUUCGAUAAUACUCAAUUGUGACACCAAAUAAUCGCUAAGCAAUCUACAAGUAGAAAGUAUUUAGGUCGUUAAGGAUCAGGAUUAGAGGAAUUUUGUGCACUGGACACAACGAAAGUUACAAGUACGAUUCGAACAAUCGAGUUGGCAAGAAACUAUAAUCCGUUGAAUCUUUAUUUCACGAGGGACCAUUGUAACUCCAAGUAAUUGCCAAAGAUAUUAAGCACUCAGCAGUGAAUCGGUAAUGACUUUACUUUCGCGUAUUCCCAAGAGCCCGAGAGAUAUCUGUAGUAAACUGAAGCAGAGACCAUUUGUCACGGCUUCUCCCCAGGUAAAGCCGCGACAAAUGUUGACCAAUUCGGUAUGCUGUAUGACAUCGGGGUCAUGAAAGUUGUUUAUUUGUGAUGUGUCCAAUGGUUUUUAUAGUUGUCAAAUUUAUACACAAGGCUUUUAUGGGUUAACCGCCUUAUAAUCUCGUAAUAUUCUUAUAGAAAAUACGCAUUAAACUAAUUUAGAAGCUUUUAGGUGAUUGACGCUUUAUUGAGCGACGGUGAGAUAUUUUUUCAAACUGAAUUCCGGAAGGCACUUUAACAUAAGACUAGGCGAUUGUAAAGUAGUUUAAGCACGUGUCAAGUCCAACAAAUAACUCGGGCAAGCAGCGCGCAACCCUUUGACAUAUAUUUGGACAAUUAACCGUAUUCAAACCAAAGCUGUCGACGACGAGAUUGUUGUUUGUGCGUUGUCACGAAUCGCGCAAUUACGAAGAAAUCUUCUAAAAUUUUCUAAGUGUUUGUCGAUGUCUGAAUACGAGGUCUUGCGCAAUCUAUACAGAAUCUAUAAUAGUGUUCUAAUAUGUGUUUUAUCGAAGGAGCGACUAAUUAUUUGUUGACAAACUGCAAGUUGAGCAAUGGAUUCUAUGUAAUUUUAAGUGGAUGUCUUUCACAGUAGCAGUUAAGAGAUAAAUAUUUAUUAUUUAAUUCCGGCCAAGUUGUGUAAUAGUAUCAACUGUUAGUCAAUCAGAUUCGAUGUUUAUAUUAUAAAACAAUAUCUAUGGGAACACCAAUUUCUAUUUUUAUUUGACACGUUUACGUGAGAAAUACUUCAAAAUAAAAGUGGCCAUCAAAUAACAAUUAUUGCCUUUCAUUUUC